CUUUCAAGCUGAACCCACAUCCGCUGUUCUAAAAUUGCACGGCAAAUGAGAGCUGAAUUAUUUGAUUUAAAUUGAGCUUUUAGUUUCAAAUUCAUCUUGUUUGUAUGCAGUCGAAACAUUUAAAAUGUGCAGAAUAAAAAUCCACACAGUUUUCUUCUUAAUAGUUCUUAAUGUAUUCUUGGUGGCCACACUUAAUGACGAAGAGACAUGCGAACUCGACCGAGAAAUGGAAAAAAAGUGCCGGCUUCAUAAUUAUAAAACCGUAAAACCAUUGCUUGAUUAUUUUCGACAGGUUAGAAAUGAGUUAGAAGACAAAGAAAUUAAAGAAAAUAAGUUAAAUGAAUUAAAUUCGGAUCUUAUGGAAAAGUAUAAUGAAAUUGUAAGAAUUCAUGAAAAAUUCAUGAAGGAGGCAACUCUUCUAGAUGAAUAUAAAAACAAAGUACUUAAAGGGGAAAACGAUUUGCAAUUGAGUCAAAAUAAGGUUGAGAAAUUAGAAUCUAAGAUUAAAUCACAAAAACAAAUUAUUGACAAAUUAACUCCAAUUUCUAAACUUUAUGAUAAAUGCAAAGAGGAAGUAGCAGAUAAAUCCAUCAGUUUAAAAUCUUCUGAGUUUCAAUUAAAACAAUUUAAUUCUAGUCUUUUUGAUAAGGAUGAAAAUAUCAGGAGACUUAAUGCAAAUAUCGAAAUGAUUACAGAGCAACAGAAAACACUUGAGUUGAAAUUAGAGAAUAGUAAAACUAAAUUAAUACAGCAAGAUAAAGAUCUUCAGUUAUGUCAAUCUGAAAUUGAUACAUUGAACAGGACAUCAGAAAACAUCAGAGAACAACAGAAAAAAAUUGAAUUGCAAUUCAAAGAUUGUCAAACUAAUAUAAUAGAUAAGGUGAAAGAAAAUCAGUUAUAUAAAUCUGAACUUGAUAAGUCAGGUGCAACUUCUUGCAUCCCUUUUGGAGAUUCAGAUGUUCAUCAACUUAACGUUUGUGAGAUAGGUUUCUUCGAUGUUUUAUGCGAUAGUCAGUUAGCUGGACCUGGAUGGAUUGUAAUACAGCAACGAGUUGGGGGAAAUGAGGAUUUCAAUAGGGAUUGGGAAACGUAUCGCAAAGGUUUCGGUUCUUAUAAGAGCGAUUUCUUCCUGGGACUCGAGAAAAUACAUCGUAUCACGAGUUUGCAGCGAUUCGAACUUUACAUACAUUUGGUUGCUGUGAAUGGAAGUACCUACAACGCUCGAUACGACGACUUCAAAAUAUCUGAUGAAGACAGUGGAUAUAAACUUAGUUUGGGUAAAUUCAAUGGAACUAUUAUUGAGGAUGCGAUGAGAGACGGCGAAAGAAUGAAAUUCCUAACAUUCGAUCGCAAUAACGACAAAGCUGAUAUUGGUAAUUGCGCAAAAUGGUUUAAAAGUGGCUGGUGGUACCAAAAUUGUUAUAAUUGUAAUUUAAAUGCACCAUAUGGGGGAUAUCUACAUUGGUGGGUGGAAAAUAAAAUCGAACUUAAAGAAGCUAAGAUGCUAAUUCGCCCCAAAAGAAGCGAUGUAGAAGUGAGCAACUGAAGAGCUGAGA